CAUUACUUCAACAUAGCUCCAGGAAAUGUGGGUUCUUCCCCCAGAUCCUCUGAUUUAGUCAAAUUAGCCCAAGAGUGCUGUUACCAUAAUAACAGGGGCAUUGCAGCUCAUGGAGUGAGAGUCCUAACUAAUAUAACUGUCUCUUGUCAAGAAAAAGAUCUUUUGGCACUAGAACAAGAUGCUGUCUUUGGCCUGGAAUCCCUUCUGGUACUUUGUAGUCAAGAUGAUAGUCCAGGUGCUCAAGCCACAUUAAAGGUGAGUUUGGCUACUGUGAUUUUUGUAGCCAGUCAGAAAGCAUUAUCUGCUGAAGUAAAGGCAGUAAUUAAGCAGCAGCUUGAAAGCGUCUCCAAUGGAUGGACUGUAUACCGUAUUGCCAGACAGGCUUCCAGAAUGGGUAAUCAUGACAUGGCUAGAGAGCUUUAUCAGAGUUUGCUGACUCAGGUUGCCUCAGAACACUUCUACUUCUGGCUGAAUAGUUUGAAGGAGUUCUCACAUGCAGAACAGUGUCUCACUGGAUUGCAAGAGGAAAAUUAUAGUUCAGCACUUUCUUGCAUUGCUGAGUCUUUAAAAUUCUACCACAAAGGGAUUGCUUCCUUAACAGCUGCCAGUACACCACUGAAUCCUUUAAGUUUUCAGUGUGAAUUUGUAAAACUCAGGAUUGACCUUCUACAAGCCUUCUCUCAACUUAUCUGUACUUGCAAUAGCCUAAAGACAAGCCCCCCACCUGCUAUUGCCACAACAAUUGCCAUGACUUUAGGAAAUGACCUUCAGAGGUGUGGUCGCAUCUCCAAUCAGAUGAAACAAUCCAUGGAAGAAUUCCGAAGCCUUGCUUCCCGAUAUGGGGAUCUUUAUCAGGCAUCUUUUGAUGCUGACUCAGCAACUUUGAGGAAUGUAGAACUACAGCAGCAGAGCUGUUUACUAAUAUCUCAUGCAAUAGAAGCCCUGAUUUUGGAUCCAGAAUCAGCAAGUUUCCAGGAAUAUGGAUCUGCUGGAGGAGCCCACGCUGAUAGUGAAUAUGAGAGAAGAAUGAUGUCUGUAUAUAAUCAUGUCUUGGACGAAGUGGAAUCACUUAAUCGGAAAUAUACCCCUGUUUCUUAUAUGCAUACAGCAUGCCUCUGCAAUGCCAUCAUUGAUUUGCUGAAAGUUCCCCUUUCAUUUCAGAGAUAUUUUUUCCAGAAACUGCAGUCUACUAGCAUCAAGCUUGCUCUGUCACCAUCCCCCCGGAACCCUGCAGAGCCUAUCGCUGUCCAGAAUAACCAGCAGCUGGCGCUGAAGGUAGAGGGAGUGGUUCAGCACGGAUCUAAACCAGGACUCUUCCGCAAAAUUCAGUCUGUCUGUCUGAAUGUUUCUUCCACAUUACAGAGUAAAUCCGGACAAGACUACAAGAUACCCAUUGACAAUAUGACCAAUGAGAUGGAGCAGAAGGUUGAGCCUCAUAAUGAUUACUUCAGUACUCAAUUUCUGUUGAACUUUGCUCUCCUUGGAACACACAACAUUACAGUGGAAUCUUCAGUGAAAGAUGCCAAUGGUAUCGUAUGGAAGACUGGUCCCAGAACUACCAUAUUUGUAAAAUCCCUGGAAGACCCUUAUUCCCAGCAAAUUCGCCUGCAACAGCAGCAGGCCCAGCAACCAUUACAGCAGCAGCAGCAGCGAAAUGCCUACACACGCUUCUAACCACGUGAGGGAUGCGCUGCAGACUUUGAAGGGAUUGAUCCAGUUGGUACAAAUAGUUUGCUUUUUCAUAUGGAUUAAGUAUGAAAAUUAGAAUGUGGAAUCUGUUUAUUCAUUGAUUAAUGUAAUAUUCUGGAAAAUGGGCUUUUUUUUCCUUAAAAAUUUAGUUUGAAAAAUUAUUGGGUUCCUAGCCAAAAGAAAUUUUUUUCUUGUUUGUUCUUAAACCAAGUUCCUUAUCUCAUAUUUAACAUUUUCAUUGUUUUGUUAUUAUUGUGUUUUCUGUUGCUGAGCUUUUUCUUUUAAGAGUAGCCACAUAUUGAGAUCAUUGAAUUAGUAAAUUCGACUGCUUCUCUUAUAGAAUACAUCAUUUGCUGCCUGACAGAGACUUGGAAUUCUGAGGUAGGCAUUGGGAAGUUUUGACCAGUCGGUGCAAAGUUUAUCCACAGUAGUAGAAACUGAGUCCUUCCAUAGAUGGAAUUGAAAGUGUCCCCUGCAGUGUCUGGCCUUCCAGAUUAUGAGAGUCUGUAGUCUAGCAGGUUUGAAACAUCCUGCUCUAUUAUUUCAGCCACUUAUCUAUCUCUUCCUGUGGUAAAACAAUCUUAAUUUAUUGUUUUAGUAUUUAAUUGACCCAAAGAGCAGCUAGCAAUUGCAUAGACAAAUUGGAGAUUAAUAAGUUGUUUUUCUCCUAAUAUGUGGAUUUUUUUAUGUUCUUUCUUUUUUUUUCUUUUUUUAAAGAUGACUGGUAAGGGGAU